CACCACCACCACCUCCUCCUCCCACCACCGCCCACAUCACCACCGCCCUACUCCUCCGCCGGCGCUGAUUAGUCCCGCGACUCAGACCUCGACCCACGCGUCGGGUGGUAUGCUGGGUUGCUAGGCCGAUCCGACCACGACGGCAACGAGAACCACCACAAUAAACAACCACAACAAACAACCGCAACAGCAACCACGAACAGGCGCAGUAGUGGGACUUUGGGAUCUGCAGAGAAAAAAAGACUUUGCGCUCGUCUGUCAUUAUGUUUGGACUCUCAUAUUGGUUCCUGCCGCUCUUUGCAGGCUGUGUAUGGCUAGGCACACUUCUGGCCAUGUUGGGUCGAUGGGCUGCGAUCGGCAGUCCGGUGUAUCCGGCCUCCUUCAACGUGGGGCAAACCUAUCCCUACAUAUCUGACAUUGGCGCAACAUCCUGGGGCAAACCACUGUUCAUUGCCGGUAGUGCGGUAUCCGUCGUGGUCUUCGACGUGGCCUUUGUCAGCGAGCGAUGGCUACGACAUCGAGGUCGUCUCACCAAGAAUUACAGCACAUCCGAGAAGAUCCUGAGCGUACUGGCCAUUCUCGCCGCCAUUGUCGGAGCGUGUGGUCUCAUCUUCCUUACCAUCUUCGACACGGUGCGAUACCCGCAUGUGCACACCUCCAUGUUGGUCGUCUUCAUUGCCGGCUACAUCGUCUCGGCCAUUUUUAUCUGUGCCGAAUAUCAGCGUCUGGGCAUUCAUUACCGCGAUCAGCGCAUUCUGGCAGCAUCCUUCUGGGUCAAGCUCGCUUUCAUCUUUAUUGAAAUCGCAUUAGUCAUUGGAUUCGGAGUCAUGUCCUACCAGGAUCACUACAACCGCGCCGCAGUCCUCGAGUGGAUUAUCAGCUUGUUCUAUAUUUUCUACCAGUGGAGUUUUGUCAUCGACUUCCUGCCCGCCACCAGGACGAAGAACAAGGGCGAUCGCUACCUCCCGCCCGUCAAGAGAGGAGACGAUGAGAUGGCCAUGAACACCGAGGCCGGAGGCAAUAUGAUGGGCGGGCCUGUGUAUACCAGUGGCGGCACUAAUGGAACUGCUGCUGCCCCUGCAUACGAAAAUGCACAGUAUGGAGGAGAGCCGAAUGGCGGGCGAUACUACCCUCCGACGUCCACCGCGCCUUCGAGCACCAACUUUUAGACAAAAAAAGUCGCGGAAUUGUUGUAUAUUCUUUUUUAACUCACGAUGGCAUUGUACAGCAGCGGGGCACAGGGGGCGCAUCGGGGUGAUUACAGGACGAUGGCUGGGGGAAUAAUGAAUUAACACCUAGAAUUUGUAUGUUGGAUGCGAGCGAUGGUAAUGAUAGAAGGUUUUGAGAAAGACCAAAACAUGAAUAGUUUUAAAUCAAUAUUCAUGUACUCUGCAUUUCGUGUAUGCAUGCAUGCAUGCUACCUAUGAUUUGAUAAGUUUCUCCUCCUUCUCCUUCUCCUUCUCCUUUCUACUAUAGAGAUCAUAUCUCACUUC